CCUUCAUAAACAGCCUGCAGUGUUCUGCUCUGGUGAGGUUAGUUUUAUUCGCAGUUUGUUUAUUGCCUCAUUUUUAACUCUGUAUAAGGAAAUGAUUAUUAACUGAACCUACAAAGUCAUGUUUUUAUACUGAAACAAACCUAAAAUCAGGGUGUGAUUACUUUUUACCAAAGUGAAAGUGAACCUCUGAGCAUUUGGACUGGAGAGAACAACAGCAGCCAAAUAAAAUGGCUUCUAAGUUUUCAGAGGAGGAUUUCUCCUGUCCUGUGUGCUGUGAAAUCUUCAAGGAUCCUGUUCUUCUGCACUGCAGUCACAGUGUGUGUAAAGUGUGUUUGCAGAAGUUCUGGGAGACCAAAGAAUCCAGAGAAUGUCCUGUUUGUAGGAGGAAGUCAUCUAUGGAUGAUCCUCCCACAAACCUGGCUUUAAAGAACCUGUGUGAGACUUUCUUACAGGAGAGAAGUCAGAGAUCUUCAUCAGUGUCUGAAACAGUCUGCAGUCUGCACAGUGAGAAACUCAAACUCUUCUGUCUGGACGAUCAACAGCCGGUGUGUGUGGUGUGUCAGACUUCAAGAAAACACACCGACCAUAAAUUCUGCCCCAUUGACGAGGCAGUAACAGACUGUAAGGAGAAGCUCAAAACUGCACUGAAGCCCCUACAGGAGAAACUAAAGAUCUUUAACGACUGUAAACUGAACUGGAGUCGGACUGCAGAACAUAUAAAGAUUCAGGCCCGACACACAGAGCGUCAGAUUAAGGAGGAGUUUGAGAAGCUUCACCAGUUUCUACGAGAUGAAGAGGCAGCCAGGAUCACUGCACUGAGAGAGGAAGAGGAGCAGAAGAGUCAGAUGACGAAGGAGAAGAUUGAGAAGCUGAGCAGAGACAUAUCAUCUCUUUCAGACACAAUCAGAGCCACAGAAGAGGAGAUGAGAGCUGAAGAUGUCUCGUUCUUACAAAACUACAAGGCCACAGUAAAAAGAGCCCAGAGCACACUGGGGCAUCCAGAGGAGCUUUCAGGAGCACUGAUCCAUGUGGCCAAACAUCUGGACAACCUGAAGUUCAGAGUCUGGGAGAAGAUGCAGCACACUGUCCAAUACACACCUGUAACUCUGGACCCCAACACUGCUCAUCCUAAACUUAUUGUGUCUGAUGAUCUGACCAGUGUGAGACUCAGUGAUGAGAGACAGAAACUUCCUAAUAAUCCAGAGAGAUUUGAUAAAUAUGUGUGUAUUCUGGGCUCUAAGGGCUUUAACUCAGGGACUCACUGCUGGGAUGUUGAAGUUGGAGACUGUACACGGUGGUUUGUGGGUGUGAUGACAGAAUCUGCUCAAAGGAAGGAUGAGAUAAACUCCAGAAGUGGAAUCUGGUGUGUGUGGUGUCAUGAUGGUGUAUAUACAGCAUGGUCUACACCACACACACACACUCACCUCUCAGUAUCACAGAAACUCCAAAGAAUCAGAGUGAAGCUGGACUGGGACGAAGGAAAACUGUCACUCUCUGACCGCCUCACUAACACACACAUACACACUUUCACACACACAUUUACUGACAAAUUACUGCCAUUCCUAAGUGUUGGUGGUAAAGAAUCUCCUGUAAAGCUCCUCCCACUUCAGUGCUCUGUAAGAGUCGAUCAGAUCAGUUAGAGUUCAUUAAUGAAAUACUGCACAUUAAAGAUUCAUAUUCUUUAUAAAAGUUUGUUCAAAUAACAUUGAAUAGUUCACUCUGAAAAGAGUUUCAAGUUACAGAAUGAAUUUAAAUCAAAAGGGUUUUAAUGUCAAAUAAUGACCUAUUCUGUUAAAAUAAAGAGAUAUUAAAUAAAAAAAAAGUGAUAUUUAGUUUUAAUAACUACAGAGCACUUUUCCUCUCAAUGUUCAGUUCAGGGAUUCAUAACCAAAUAAACCACAGGAUGAAGUCUGUUUUAAUGUACAAUUUAAAUCUCACUUACUCACUUAUCAUCUAUACCGCUUUAUCCUGUAUUCGGGGUCGCAGGGGCGGAGCCUAUCCCAGGAGACUUAGGGCACGAGGCGGGGUACACCCUGGACAGGGUGCUAAUACAUAUCAGGGCACACACACUCAAUCACCCACUACGGGCAAUUUGGGAACGUCAAUUAGCCUAACCUGCAUAUCUUCGGACUGUAGGAGGAAACCGGAGUACCCGGAGGAAACCCACCAAGAACAGGGAGAACACGCAAACUCCAUACACACAGAGACGGGAAUCGAACCCGGACCCUGGAGGUGCAAGGCGACAGUGCUAACCACUACACCACCGUGCUACCCAAUUUAUAUUCUGAAAUAGAUUAUUUAAUUUUGAUAUUUUCAAAUGAAUAAUAAACAGACGUUAAAAGUUCAUGUCUUUACUGUAUUUAUACUUGUUAGCGCUGUGCUGUUAAUCUUGGGUGAGAUGUUUAACUGGCUGUGUGUGUUGUGUGUAAAACUGUGCAGUGGAGGAGAUUUCAAGCUGUAAGUUUCCCUCCACCAGCAUUUUUUUUUUUUUGGAAGAUCAGAAAGAUUUGUAUGUUAA